ACAGGGAGUCAGUGAACGCCGCAUGACGGCGGCCUCAGCUCAACUUCCUGCCUGCCGUAAGUUGACAGUAGACAAACCCAGCAGGACUGGACGGGACGGGACGGGAAGGGACGGCGUUCACACUGACGGCGGCGCCUCACACCUGAUGAACAAAAAGCUGCCCAGCACUGGUCAUGACACAGCAGGAGCAACAGGAGUUCACGGAGAGCCUGGAGGUGGCCCUCUCCUGGAUGCGUGCCAUUCAGGACAGGCUGAGGGCCAACGACAACACCCAGGGGCCCCGUGAUGCCCUCGAGGCUCGGCUCAAAGAAACAGAGAAGAUCCAUCAGUCGGAGCAUGAGGGCCGCGUGAAGAUGGACAUGGCACUGGUGGCUGCAGAGAACCUUUUGCAUAGCGGCGAUGAGGAGCUCAGGAUCCACACCCACACUAAACUCAAAGAACUGAAGACCCUGUGGGAGGAGACCUGCACCUAUAUCAUCCACUGUCACAGUCGGAUCGAGUGGGUGUGGCUCCACUGGAGCGAGUACCUGAAGGCCUAUGAGGAGUUUGAGCAGUGGCUGACCAGGCAGCAGCGCAGUCUGGACGUCAGGGUGGAGCUUCAGCUGGGGGUGAAGGAGAAGCUUUGGCAGGUGGACCAGCAGAGGGUGGUGGCGAGCGACAUCCACAGCCAGGCCACGCUGCUGGAGAGGCUGCUGGACGAGGCCGCUGCACUGCACAACAGAACCCAGGACCCCAGUGUGGAUCCCCAGGCCCAGGAGAGGCUGCAGGAGGCCUACAACAAUGUCCGAGACAGAGCUGAGGAGCGCCUGUCGCUGCUUCAGAAGAUUGCUGAGGAGCACCAGACAUACCAAGGCUGCGUUCAGAGGUUCCAAUCCUGGCUGCUGUCAAAAACCAAGGAGCUAACUGAUCUGAUGGAGAGGGAGGAUACAGCCGAGAACAAGCUCAAAGCCCUACAAGCUCUGGAUGACUGCGUGGCCAGUGAGGAGAAGACGCUGCAGCAUAUUGAGGGCGUGGCGGAGGCGGUGAGGGGCAACACCUCGCCUGCUGGGGCGGACAUGGUGGUGGAGGAGGCCGAGGAGUUGAGACUUGGCUGGCAGAGGCUGAGGCAGGGCUUUUGUGAGGCUGACGAGGGCCUGCGUUCCAGCCUGGACUCCCACAGUCAGUACAUGGCCAGGUGUCAGCGGCUGGGAGAAGACAUCAGCCGGCUCAGGCUGUUAAUGCAGGGGCUGGACCAGGACCUGGAGGAGAGCCGGGAGGCCGGGGACCGCACUGAUGGCACCGAAGAGCAGAUGGUGGGCCAGUACAAUAAAUACAUGGGUGUGAGGAACACUCUGGCAGGAGAGGAGUCCCAAGUGGAACUUCUCAAGGCUCAACUCAAAGAGCUCUUCAGGUUCUCAGAGGACUCGCGCCACCUUUCUGACGACGUCCUGGCUGUUGUCAAAGAACAUCAGAGUGUGAAAUGCAGAGCGACGAGGUUGUGUUCAGAGUCCGAGUCGGGGCUGAGACACGUCCUCCAGGACCCACUGCUGGUCUACGCUCAGUGGAGCCACAUGGUCUCUCAGGUUCUGGAGGCUUCUGCUGAGGUCACUGACUUCUCCCACAUCGCCAUGUUGGUCCAGAACAUAGAGCAUCUGCUGAAGAACAGUGUCCAGCUGCAGGAGCGUUUCAGUCAGCUGCAGGGGAAGGGAGACCUGCUGGACUCUGUGUUUGGCCCCGAGAGGUCCGAAUGUCUGCAGAAUGAGCUGAAUGCCGCCAUGAGGAACAGAGAGCUGCUGCACUCUCAGCUGCUGCAGAGGAAGAGCAGACUGCAGGGCUUAAUCUCCAGAACCAAGGACUUUGAUGACACCUAUGAGUUGAUCCGCUCCAAGCUGGCCAGUGUCCGGCACCGGCUGAUGGCAGCUGACGGCCCCCAGCCCGACAUCCUGGCUAAGAAAAGCCAGUCUGACCAGUUCAAGGUGAUCCAGAAGGACCUGCAAGACCUUGAGGCCCACAUCAUCGCACUGGAGACUCUGGUCUCAUCCAGUCAGAGCAACAGGACUCAGUUUGAGAGGCUGUAUGCUGACUGGAAACAACUGCACACAGCAGUGAAGGUGAAGGUGCAUGAGAGUGAGGAGAGCAUCGAUGACCACGAGAGCUUCCACGACAGUCUGCUGAACAUAGAGAAGUGGCUGAUGAUCAUGAAGCAGAAGCUGGAGUCCUUCCACAGCCCUGCAGGAAAGUGGAGCAUAGAGGGUCGGCAGCACGAAGCUGAGAGAGCACUGGGAGAGUUUCCAGAGAAGGAGCUUCAGCUGCAGCAGAUGGAGGUCCAGGGUCAGGGGGUUCUGGAGAAGACCUCAGCAGAGGGACAGGUCCACAUCGUGCGAGACAUGAAGCGCCUGCGUGAGUCCUGGCUGGCGCUGUACAACAUGAGUCUCAAUCUUCACAGGCUGCUGAACAGCUCCACAGAGCAAGAGUCUAACUUAUGGAGAGUUGGAGGCCUGUCUGUAGACAACACGUCCAUAACAGAGCUGAGUCUGAACGAGGGGGACAGUCAGGCCAGGACAGGGAGCUCCGGGAGCCAGAGAGGACAACAACAAGACAAGCCAGCAGAGGUGUAUGGAGCCUUGGCGAGUUGUGGGGCUGGGAGAGGAGGAGGCUCGGUGCUAGCAGGGGAGACGACGGGGCACGGUGGGUGGCUCCAGGGACAUGGCGAGGGUCACCUGAUGCUGGCUGGGCAUCUCAGUCCAUCAAGGACAGACAGAGACAGUGGGUCCUUUAAAGGAGAUGAAGUAGACUCCUCUGAUUGGAGCAUUCGCAGCAGAGCAGGCCAAAAGGUGUCCAAAGACUUGACCACUGAAGGAAGUCCUCACGGUGAUAAACAAACGGGGAGCGACAGCAGCGUCCUGGCUGGAGACAGAGGUGCAACAUCUUCAACCACAAAGUUCAGCUAUGGUGAAGAAAGAAGACUGAGCUCCAGAGAGGGUCACAUGGAGGCAGGAGAAGGCCUGAGUCCAGGAAGAGGUGGGGCAUUCAGAAGCGUGCUGUUCAGAAGAGACCAAGCCAAGACGUCACCAACAGCCCCAGUGGAACACACAAUGGGAGGCACAGGACAGCACACGCCCAGGAGGAGGGAGUUUGAGGCCUGGCUGUCCAAAGAGAAUGCACUCCUCUCAGGGAUCCUCAACACCAUGGGAGCAACACUCAGUGCCAAAGAAGUCAAGAUCCAACAGGACACACUCACGGGUCUGAGGGCAGGAGUGUGCUGGGGUCAGGAGCAGUUCCAGUUGUUGCUGGAGGAGAGUCGGGGCAGCGAGGAUGGUCCAGCACCUGCAGAGGAUGUGUCUCUAGAGGAGCUUCGCUACCGCUGGAUGCUCUACAAGUCCAAACUGAAGGACUUGGGAAACAUCAGGGCCAGGACCAAGAAGUUACACGUCAAACCAGAGGACCCAGCCAUCACAGCAAAGGUGCAGAAGAAGCCUGGAUUGUUGCAGCGGGUCUGUCGACUGGCUCUUCCUCUGUGGCUCCUCCUCCUCGCUCUGCUGCUGCUCGCCUUCCUGCUGCCUCUCAUGGAUGAAGGCAACAGCUGCUCGCUCUCCAACAACUUCGCCCGAUCCUUCAACGUCAUGCUUCGUUACGACGGACCUCCACCUACAUAGGGAUUCUUCGCUGGACCCUGGAUUAUGUAGGAAACAUUGACUUACUGUAGGAUCCCACAUCGCCUCACCCUGUUAUCAUGCAUGACUGUAACAGACCACAAACAGGACCAGAAGGCUGUGCAGCUUCAGAAACUGGCUAAAAGCUUUACUGCUUAAGGAAACAAUCAGUGACACACAUCUCCUACUUUAAAUCAUCUCUGGUAGGAAGCACCACAGUCUAUGAAGGAAAACCAAACCUAAAGCAGUACUACAAUAUGCAAACAACAAAUCUGUCAUUACCCUGAUGAUCUAUUCAUUCUGCUUCUACACACUGGGACUGCUGUGACUCAUGUCCUCACAUCCUGUGCAGCUCAGGGUGUUUUCACAUCAGGGACUCUGGCCCGGAUCUGAGUACACUUCACCCCAAAGUCCAGGUUUGUUUGAUUAGUGUGAACACAAGUGUUCCGAGUACAGUUCAUGUACGAACCGUACUCGAGUACACAUGAGCCGUACCUGAGUACGGUUUGCUUCAGGUGUGAAAGCAGCUGUACCAAAGUGUGGCAGUGGACUGCUGUGACUGUGUGUCGCAGACGAGUGCUUGUUCUUUUUGUAUGUUGGUGGAUGGCAAGCUCACUCACUGCACACACAAGUGUACUCGAGUGUGAAGAGGCAUUACCAAUGUGAAACUGACAAGCAGGAGAGAGGCAGAGAGGGGGGCAGUUGUACUCUAGCACGGUACCAAAGAAUCGUUCCUAAUGUGAAAAAAACCCUUAUAAAUCAUGUUAACUACGUCUUAAGUACUGAUCUCUCAUGCUGAAUCAACCAGACUCCAGUCCCAGGCUCUCUCUGAUGAUUUCAGAUUAUCAUAACGAGCCGAGCGAAGGUGUAAAAUCAUCUGUAAACCAAAGUCAUUGUUGUUGUUUUUCAGUGAUAUUUCUUCCUAUGGUCGUCUUCCCACAGUCAGGGUUAAGGAUGUGAAGAAUCAACUGUAGAGAAAUGCAACCUGACGUCACGUUGCUCUGGCCAGUCGUGAGCUAGCGAUCAGAUCAGCAUAGCUAUCAGUGCGAUGCUAGCAGCUAACAUGAUGUUUAUGUGCAGUUACUCAGUUUGUGCAGCAGUACUGAUGGGCCUCACAUCCUGGCUUCCUGGGUGAAGCUCUGUCACAGGAUGUCGGUGUGAUGUUGAAGUUUUGGUUUUUCACCUUGUAGCUUCCUGCAGAACAACAUUUCACACCUGAUCCUGGCAGUCUGCUCUAUCAGUCACUGAACAGGUUGUUCACACACGUGCUCCACUGGUUCAGUGACAAAACGCAUGAAGAAUCAUGAGCACUCGUCAGAAAGGUGUCUUUACUCUUACAAUGUUAUGACUGAUGGCGUUUCCACCCUCUCACCCUGAUCACUGCUCGUAGUUUGACACACAGAAAACAAAUCCACAGCUCUGAGUUCACAUUGAGACGGACAUCUUAAUGUCAUAGUUAUGCUUCUUCCCAGAACAAAUCAAAUCAGACAUGUAUUAGUGCGUGUCUUCAAAAUCUUCAAAAUCUUCCUUUUCUGUCGACUCUGUUGGGAGAAUGUUUCACGUGGUCCUGCGUGUGAGCAUAACAUUUUUAUACUUUUCCUUUUAUUGACACAGGGUUUCUCGGAUUUUCAUAGCUCAGGUCUGUUCCUGAGUCGGGAGUGUUGAAGCGGGUUCUGUUUGUACCGGUGGUGUUUAAUUGUAGUCGUCUCAUGAGAGCUGUUGAUUUAUAUUUCCUUUCUGGAGGUGCUAUUUUAGCUUAGACACCCUGUUCUGUCUUUUUCACAGCCUAAACCACCAGUGAAAACAAUUAGAGAGCCGUGCACCGUGGCCCCGACAGUUUCUUGGCCCACAGUGUGCUCUUGAUGCCAGCGCCUGAGCUGUAAACCUUGGCAAUCACUUGUUCUGCCCAAACCCAAAAUAACUUUAAAUAGUUUUUGGGUCCUGAAUUCUUUCUCUUUUCACACCACGCACAGCCCUAAAAAUACUCAAACACCUCCACAUACCCUCACACACUCAGUAACUUUGCCUUUUUUGGCUCAGUUCAUGUGCGUUAUUGACUUUAUCGUGUUUCUGUGGCAACAGUAAACAAAUUAAAUUAAUCUAUUACGUCAUCAGUCUGUUUUUACUGCGACUUCAAAAGCACUUCAGUGUGUUUCUAAUGCAGUGUUAACAUCAGCUUUUGUUGAGGAUGGAAAGAGGACGAGUGAAGACACCUGAGGGUUCAACAGGUGUCAUGAGCAUGGAACAUAUUUGUUUAUCCGCCUGAUUGGCUGGCCGGCUGUUAAAUCAUGAGCUCUGGUCAACGCCGGGCUCUGUGAGGUUCCUCCAAACAACAAUAAUGGACGAGGCAGAGAUGAAACAAACUGUCUUUACAUGUCAGACAUUUUUCAUAGGACAUAGAAUCCUCUUCACAACAACACGAUCAGUAAUAGAACCAAUGAAGUUAAUGUUGCACAUGCUUUCUUUAACAGCUCCACCAGUGUGUAUGACAAAAUUAUGUUGAUGAUCUCUUCUAAUGCUGUGGUUCUCCAACUCCGUCAUGUUCAGGGGCCCUACACAUUACGUUAGACCAUGGAGCCCUGCUGGACGAGGUUUGGUCCCAGUUCCCCUUCUGAAGAGUAUUUAGAUUUCCGAUGUGUUUAUAAGUGAAAGUCUAUGAAACUCAUGACCAGACCAAGUGUGUUACUGAUGGAUGGACUCUACUUUAACAUCCACUGUUCUAAUGUGUAAAUAUGCUACAUGUAGCAUCACAUGACGGAACAAAGGACAUACAGUUAUCGUUGCCUUAAAGCUUUAUGUAUAGCAUCCAGUUAGUGAGCUGUACUCAGUGCCAUAACCACAUGUAUGUAGUCAGUAUGUAGCUUUGUAAGCACUCUCAGCCAAUGUACUGUAACAGUUAUAUAACCAGUUAAAUACGAGGUCUAGUGCUGUCCUGUGUGUUCAUGAGUCGAUGAUAAGGAUCUGUGUUUCCGCUGCUUGUUGCACUACUCUUCUAUUAUGCAUGUGUCCCUUUAGAGAAGCCUAUGCAACGCCUGGCUCAAAUCCUGCAUUAUUGUGUUUCCACUGAUACUAUAUGCAACAUAUAAAACGACUUGAAUCUCCUGAGCACAACUGGUUCUUUAGAUACAGUGUGUGUGACAACAAAGAAGAGAUGCUGUCACAGGAACAAUUUGAGUACAGUUGUUAUGCAAAACUGUCCUAAAUGCCAGUGUGCUUCAGAUCGAGGUAUUCAUUAUGAGAAGUGAGCUUGUUUUUGUAAGAGGAUACAGUUCUAUUUUAAUAACUGUGUGAAAGACUAGAAUGCUUUAUGUUAUUCAAGAGAGCUCGUAUUUAACCAAUGUUUUUUUUUUAUUCUGAUCAAAUAAAAAUGAAAAGAAAUCUG